UAGAAAUGGGUGGAUUUCAAUAGUAGACGCUCUAUAAGACCUCAGAUACUCGCGUUGGCGGUAAGAAUGUGUCGGGUCAGUCGCUGCCGCAAUUUGUUGACGAUUACACCUGGCCCGGUGAUGCGGCCAAUGCGUCCAGCCCCAAUCUGCCUGGGAGGUUGGAUUCAGCCUCGUGAGGCUGAGUGCGGACGACAUCUGCGAAGCCAGCAAGCAAUCUUCUUUCAUCAUCAUUUUCGCUCAACCUGCUUCCCCGUGGAUAGCAGAGCUGCGUUUGACAUCACAACUAGAGCUAGCCAGCGUCGACGAAACAUGGACGGACUCAGCCUUGCCGCCAGCGUCAUCGCUGUCAUCCAACUCGCCGGAUCAUGUCUAAAGCUUUCUAGAAAGUUUCUAGGCCCAUCUGAAUUCGGUUCCUCUAGCCUAGCCUCUAUGACAACUGCUUUAUAUGGAUUCAUUGGAGCAGUGAAAACUUUCCAAACACACCUCGAGAUUUACGAUGACGACGAAGCGCGACUCAGCAGUCUGGAAACCCUCAAGCCCGUACUCAAACAGUGCGAAGGAGCGCUACAUAUUAUCGAAGAUUUUGUGGGGAAAAGCAGCUUCAUUGGGAAGCACGUUAUGGGAUCGAAGUUUGACUAUAGGGUAAAGACGUCGCUAGAGGCUUUGGGCGGAGCCAAGGAGCUAUUUGUGCUAGCUUUGCACACCGACCAACGGUAUUCCCCACACUCCACCUAAUUCUCCCGUUCCUGAUUAUCUUUUGCCUAGAACAAUUCUCCACGGAGUAGAACGAUACGUCCGCAACGUAGCAGAAGACCUUCGAGAUAUCCACGUCGUCAUCAAAAAUAACGAAGCGAAGCUAGAUGGAUUAGAUAAAGAGCAGAACAAACAAUUCAAACAAGC